AUGCCCGCCACCCCCAUACCCUCCCCCACUGCUGCACCUGCAGCAGGGGAUGGAGGAGGAGGGAGAGGGGGGGGGGGGGGGGGGGAGGGGGGGGGGCUGGUGCUGCAGGUCCCCUCCCCCCACUGCCGCAUCCGCAGCAGGGGGAUGGCAGAUCCCUUCCCCCCCACUGCUGCUGCAGAUCCCCUCCCCCCCACUGCUGCACCCGCAGCAGGGGUGGAGGAGAAGGGGGGGGGGGGGCGGGGGGGGCUGGUGCUGCAGAUCCCCUCCUGCCUCCCUCUGAACCUCCAAGCUCCCCCCCCCUCCCAACACAGGAUCCCCUCCCCCCCACUGCUGCACCCGCAGCAGGGGUGGAGGAGAAAGGGGGGGGGGGGGGGGGCGGGGGGGGGGCUGGUGCUGCAGAUCCCCUCCUGCCUGCCUCUUAACCUCCAAGCUCCCCCCCCCUCCCAACACAGGGUGCGGCAGGGAGACAGAGAGGAGAAAAGGGCGGGGGGGGGGGGGCUGGUGCUGCAGGGCACCGGGGCCGCGGUUAGGGGCGGCAGGUCGCGAGGGGCCAUGGCUAGGGGCGACGGGGCCAUGGCUAGGGACGGGGCCGGGCGCUGGGCAGGUACGGGGCUGGGUGCCGGGCAGGUAUGGGGCCGGGCUCUGGGCAGGUACGGGGCCGAGCGCUGGGCAGGUACGGGGCCGGGCGUUGGGCUAGGUACGGGCCGGGCGCUGGGCAGGUACGGGCCGGGCGCGGGAUAG